ACGCCGGGCACCCGUAUGCAUCGCAUCGGCCAUUUUCGUUGGAGAAACGCACGCACGGGUGGUUAGCCAGGGACCAAGAUGGCAAGGUUGUUUCAGAUAGGAAUUCUUCUUCUGUUGAGCAUAUCUUCGUCGUUAGGUUUAUAUUUUCACAUUGGUGAAACAGAAAGAAAAUGUUUCAUUGAAGAAAUCCCAGACGAAACUAUGGUAAUUGGUAAUUAUAAAACGCAGCUGUACGACAAGAAUUCCAAUGACUUCAUGCCUUCCAGCCCACACAUUGGCAUGCACGUAGAAGUCAAGGACCCAGAUGGUAAGAUCAUCCUCUCCAAGGUGUACAGCUCAGAAGGCCGUUUCACAUUCACCUCACACACCCCGGGAGAACACUCCAUCUGCCUGUACUCAAACUCUACCAAGUGGUCCAUGUUUGGUGCUAACAACAAGAUGAGAAUUCACCUGGACAUUGAGGUGGGAGAACACGCCAACGAUUACAAGCAGAUAGCAGAGAAGGACAAACUGACAGAGCUCCAGCUACGAGUCAGACAGCUUCUGGAUCAAGUGGAACAGGUCCAGAAAGAGCAGAACUACCAAAGGUUUCGUGAGGAGCGCUUUAGGCAAACCAGCGAGAGCACCAAUCAGCGGGUCCUGUGGUGGUCACUCGGACAGACCGUCAUCCUCUUGGUCACCGGCUUCUGGCAGAUGAGGCAUCUCAAAGGAUUCUUCGAGGCCAAGAAGCUUGUAUAGUCGUGUUCUUUCGUCGGGGAUUUAUUAGGUGGGAUAAUUGGUGUGGGCUUAUAUAACAGACCUAAAACAUACUGACGUCACUCUUGCUGUACAUGUAUAUGUAUAUGCACACUUUCUUAUGGGGGUUGGAUGGAUCACGUCCUGUUUCACUGCCGUAGGAAAGUACACAUCUAACAAAGGGUGACGUAAUUAUGUUGUACAUGUAGGUGCAUUGGAGUAAGGGGAGUGUAACUAAAUACAAAGGCGGAUUACCUGUAUGUGGCCUCCCUCUAAAUCUCCAUGUUGAUGGUGUUGUGGUCAGUAAAUGGAUGACGGGGGACAAAUGGAACUUUGGCAAACGUCAGAAAUAUGUUGAGCACAUUGUUUGGAGUUGAGCCAAAACAACCAGGAACCAGUCAGAGAGGAUACACAAUGUGUGACAUGUUGGACAGUAAGAUUCAUUUUUUGCUAGGCAAAUGUUUGCUGUGCCUAGCAUGUGUCUGUGUCGGCAGCCCGCUGAAAUUGACCCCGGGAUGGAAAAGGUUGGAAGGAACUUUGGUGGUGUGUUGAAUGGAAUAAGGCCCAGCUCUUCCGUACUCCUAGACUUUCAUUCAUCAGAAGGGUGCCCAGAUGUGAUCCUUUUGUACCCACUUACAAAUUUGCCCAACUUUUGGCAUCUUUCAAGAGCAUUGGGAUAUAUAUAUCAACUGACCGAGAUACUAUUGACAACAGAAAACUGUGAUUUUGGGGGUGUAAAAAGCCGGGUCAUUACCAGACUGUUGAUUCGUAGCACUUUCUUCAUAAUAUGGUACAUAUUCUACACAGAAUUCCCUGUCCUCCACUGAAUUUGUUAAAUGCCCAGUUGUAAUAUAGAAAUGUAUUUGAAGAUAAUGGGGCUUGUAGAGACUAAAUUGGCAGUUAGAAAUUAUGCAAUAAUUUGUCGAGUCUGUGAAUGCAGACAAUUCUAGUCAGACAUUUAAAUUGAUAUACUUCAGCGUAUGAUGUUUUUCCCACACAAGUGCGCACACUCUUCGGUUGGUGGUAACGGUACUUUUCUCAAACGAGAAUGAUUUUGACUUCCCCGCAACCAUUUUGGUCAACAGCACCUCUCUGUUGUUAAUGUUUGAAUGUGUGAGCAACAGUGGGUCGGAUUUGGAAUACUUUCAUUUAUGAUUGACUUUUUUAAUCAUUCUUUUUUUUCCUGUUUUCUGUUAAAAAAAGUAAUUUAUCAGUAGUUUUUGUCGUUUUUGAGAAUCUGUGCUCAGUUUAAAAACUAUACUCUCGGAGGAAUUCUGCCUUGUGAAAUAAGGGCAUAAAAACCACCAAGUUAACUGAGCAGUAAUUAAACAUAGAUUUGGAAACAACAAGGGUUUACAUGUAUUUGGUCUCCAAAAUUGUCAAAAUGUUGAGUAGUUAUGUAUGGUGUAAUUACUGUCAUGUCCUGCAAAGUUCACCUUUUGUGCAUUUUGGCUGACGGUGCAUAUUUCAACUACUUGUACUUUGGAUUGUUCCUAACCUGCCAAGUUUCACCUGUUUCAUCACAAUAUCCACCUGCACGUAAUUAGACUUUUCUUUUUCUCCUUGCCAUUUCCUACUUAAUGUGUAGUUGUGUAGUGUAGAUCAUAUCAAGAACAGUAUUUUGCAUCUGUUGAUUUAGGCAGCUUUUGGUGUCUGGGAUCUCUGUAUUUACUAUUUAGUUUGAAUGAAGGUGGAUAUUAUGUGUGUAAAUUUCUAUCUUUGAGAGUAUUUUUUCCAUGUACGUGUACUGGGUUCGUUUUACCAUUCACAAAGGUAAAUUUUUGGUUUGCUUUCUGUGACCUUCCCAGCCCAGUCCAAACUUUGAAAUUUCUCUAAAAUAUCCCGCACAAAAUAACCUCUUGCAAACAUCACUGGUACUUGUAGCCAAAACUGGAUUUCAGUUUUUAAUUUAAUCAAGCAGAAUAUAUGCUAUCAAUGUAUUAACUAUCAGAAUAUACAUGCCAAAAAUUUACCUUUUUCAUGCGAAUUUUAUUGAGACUCUGAGGAAUACUUUUUCCCGCCAAAUUUGCUCAGUUUCCUUAGGAAAAUCUUUGAAGUGCACAUUAUAUGUAAGAUAUGUUUUCAGAGCAUUCACAUGACAGUUUCUUUGGUUUUAGCGCUUUAUUUAAUGCAAAUUGUCUCACAGUGAUGUGUAUGCAAUAAAGUUUUGUUGGACCUCUCAGA